UGACCUUCAGAAGCAACCAAUAAGAAUUAAGCGACGAGGCCUGGCGAAGAUUUGAAAUCUCCCUUUCGCGAGGAAAAUGGCUCUUAACAAGGAGUCUAUGGAUUCCCAUUUUUCGUUUGUUCCAAAAGUUGUAAACGGCGGUAUCGCUGGGAUCGUUGGUGUAACCUGCGUUUUUCCAAUUGAUCUGGUUAAGACGAGAAUGCAAAAUCAACAAGAUGGCAAGAAGUUAUACAAAAAUGUGUGAGUCAAACAAGUAGAGAAAGCUUUCACAUCCCUUAGUUUAUCGCCAAUACUCUCAUGUCUUUAGUACUUUUCCGAAUAUUUGGUCCUGAGAAACUAUUGAAUAGACUAAAUAUCUAAAAAAGCUGGUUUCAGUUGCAUCGUGUUUUCCUAGUUCCAUAUCUGGUUAAUCGAGUUGUCUAGUGAAUCCUGGUUGUUAUUUAACCAUUGCGAGUCAUCCAUUAUCAUAGGCCGAUGUUUAUUUUCCGAAUAGGUAGUCGGUUAGAUCUCUCGGCUACACUGUAUAAUUACAUCUCGGCUAUCUAUCGGUCUUUUAUCUACUAAUUCGAAGUCUCCCGACCGUUAAUCUAUCUGGAUGAACAUGUUGGAAAAAUACUUUGGACUGUGCUGCAAAAACAUAUCGUGCUGAAGGAUUUUUUGGCAUGUACAGAGGAAGUGGUGUCAAUCUUCUUUUAAUUACACCAGAAAAAGCGAUUAAAUUAGUCGGCAAUGAUUUUUUUCGUUAUCAUUUAAAACCUGAGGGCAAACCUUUAACUCCGAUUCGUGAAAUGUUUGCUGGAGCUGGUGCAGGAACUUGUCAAAUUAUUAUCACUACACCAAUGGAAUUAUUGAAAAUUCAAUUACAAGAUGCUGGUCGAACAUCAAUUCCUGUAACUAACAGCAGUGGUACAGUAGUAGCGACACGACAGACUGCUACUCAAUUGGCUAUUAAAUUGGUUCGUGAAAAAGGAAUAUUUGGUUUAUAUCGUGGAAUGGGUGCUACAUUUUUACGUGAUGUUUCAUUUUCUAUGAUAUAUUUUCCAUUAUUUGCAAAUUUUAACGCUUUAGGUCCAAGAAGAUCUCCAAAUAGUGUAGAGGCUGUUUUCUAUUGGUCAUUUCUAUCAGGAUUUUUAUCAGGAACAAUAGCUGCAUUCACUGUGACCCCGUUCGACGUUGUUAAGACUCGACUACAAACAAUUAAACAUAUUGAAGGAGAGAAAGUAUUCAAAGGAAUAACAGAUUGUUUUGUGCAAACAUUACGUAAUGAAGGUGUUCAUGGUCUAUUCAAAGGGGCUGGUUGUCGUGUUAUGGUUAUGGCACCAUUGUUUGGUAUAGCACAAACUGUGUAUUACCUUGGUGUUGCUGAACGAAUUUUAGGUUAUCCAAGAUAUUAAAACAAAAAUGAAUGAAAUAUACACAUACAAUCAUUCAUUUUCAAUGUAUAAAAAUGAAAUGAUGCUUUGAUGCCCUGCCGCCAAAUGUAUUCGUUCAUAUUUACACAGAGGAUAGGGGAACAGUAAGGAAAUAAUACCAAAAGUGUACUCUUUGCUCCAAUUAACACGGGCGUUUUAUUAUUAAGUUAUAACUGUGAUUUUCUAUUUAGUUCGUCUUUGUAUAAUUAAAUUUCCUUAUACCUUGUCCGUAUACAUUCUAUGGACACACACACACCUUGAUUAUACAUAUAUACUGAAUAUUGAUGAUAAAAAGUGAACGAAUCUCUGUUAUAUUUCCUCUUAAUCCUCUGAAAAAAUCUCUAGGCAACAUCCAUCUUUGUUUAUUAUUUAAUAAAAGCGGUUGUUUUUGAGUGUACAUAUGUCCUGAUUAAUUAAUGUAUCUAUUAUAUCAAUUUAUUACAUUAUCAUAUCUGACUAUGUAACUAGUUAUUAUCAUGUUAAUUAUUACCUUUAUUGUUUCGAUUAUAAAACAUUUUCCCUACUUUUCUUUCAUGUCUUUCUUCUCCCCCCUCUCUCUCUCACUCUCUGUCUCUCUUUCUUCAAGAUUAUAUUUUUAUAAAAUUUGACUGAGUUUCACCUUUUUAUUCUAUUUAUUUGUUAUUAUCAUUAUUCCGAAUAAAUUAUGUUUCCAUG